UGGCUGACACACAAAUGUUUGUGUGGACAGAUGAAGUCGGGUUGCUUUCUAGUGACAGUCAAUCACAAAAUAAAUAGACAUCUAAAAAAUGGGAACAUAUAAACGUUGGCAGGAAGUGAGCAGCACCAGGCCAAGAUCAAGUCUCUGACGGACUACAUGCAGGACAUGGAGCAGAAGAAGAGACAGGUGGAGGAGAGCCAGGACGCUCUGACCGAGGAGCUCGCUAAGCUGCAGGCUCACGAGAAAAGACACGAGAUGUCAGGAGAGGAGAAGGAGAUCAUCGGCAGACACGAUGGGGACGGGGACAUAAAGAAAACUCUGGAGGAGCAGCUGGAGAACCACAGAGAGGCUCACCACAAACAGCUGAGCCCACUGAGAGACCAGAUCAAGACGAGCAGAGGAUGCUGGACGAGCUCACAAUACAGUUACUCUGCCGUUAAAAAGCGCCCAAUCAGAGCUUAGCGAGCGUCUCUUCUCAGUCUGAACCAGGGUCUGCUGCUGGAGCAGGAGAGGCUGAUGUCAGACUAGGACAAACUGAAGACUGAAGAGCAGGAGAAGGACGCCAAGCUGCAGAAACUCAUGUGAGUAAAGGACUAAUCCGUACGUUUAUUUAUGUUGAAUGUGAGUUCAUGUGGUUUUUGUUUGCAGGCUGCUGAAUGAGCAGAGGGAGCAGGCCAGAGAGGACCUGAAGG